AUUUCACAGACGCACCGGAGCACCGCGCACUUCCGUCCAGCUCUUUCCUGCCUCCUCAUCGGAAGUUGACAGAUUGUGUUGACACACGCACACAAAGUUGUCGAAGUUGACUCCACCCGGACAAUAAGAGACAGUCGACGCCGCCGGACUCCGACCUACACCGGUAUGAUUUUAUCGACGACGAUCGUCCGCGUGGCGGACGGACUCCCGCUGUCUGCGUCCAUACAGGAGGACGAACAGUCAGGGAGAGACCUCCAGCAGUACCAGAGCCAGGCCAAGCAGCUGUGCCGCAAGCUGAACGCUCAGAGUCCGGACCGCUGCACACUGGAGGCCGGAGACAUGAACUUUCAUUACUUAAUAGCACAGGGUGUGUGCUACCUGUCCCUCUGCGAGGUUUCAUUCCCCAAAAAGUUGGCCUUCGCCUACCUUGACGACCUCCACACUGAGUUCAAUGACCAGUACGGAAGAAAAGUGCUCACGGUGACGAGGCCGUACUCUUUCAUAGAGUUCGACACAUACAUCCAGAAAACAAAGAAGAAAUAUGUGGACAAUAGAGCCAGGAGGAACCUGGGCAGCAUCAACACAGAGCUACAGGAUGUACAGAGAAUUAUGGUGGCGAAUAUUGAGGAGGUUCUGCAGAGAGGAGAGGCUCUCUCCGCUCUUGACACGAAAGCCAGCAAUCUUUCUACACUGUCAAAGAAGUACCGCAGCGAUGCGAAAUACCUCAACACCCGCUCCGCGUACGCCAAGGUGGCUGCUGUGACCGUGUUCUUCAUCACGCUCAUCAUCUAUGUGCGUUUCUGGUGGCUCUGAUGCAGCCACAAAACAAGGACUUUGGCAUUAGGGAGGAGGGGUCUCACUUUGAAAACGAAGCAUUUCUACAGAUCCCGUUACAUUAGUUAAAUACCAGGUUGCCUUUAGAGGGUCAUAUUCAGUCUAUCUGUGUUGAGGGUAAAUGUUCAACGCUCUGUUCAGCUUUGAGUGGAGUGAUGCCACAGCUACAGUGUAAUCUGAGCCGUUGGGUCUGUUAUGAGACCUCUGUGUGGAAGCAAAUGCUUUAUGCCGAAUUCAUGUAACCGUUUACUGGAAUAUCAAGAGCGGGUGUAGUUAAAUUAAUGUUUACACAGCGGUGUAGCAGUUUCAGAAUUAGAAUAAAUCAUGAAUAUGCAGCAGUUCCAUGAAAAGUCUUAAUAUUUUGAUAAAAGAAUGUUUAUUGUUCACAAAGUUUACAUUGUAACAAAGUCUUAUUGAAAAGAUUAAAUAUUUAUCAAACUA